CAGGCAAGGGGUACCAACCCAACCAAAAACCAUUUUCCCGCCAAAAGAGGAGGAUUCUUCCCGCCAAAAAUAUACCAUAAUCGACCUGAAAGAAUGUGAACCGAGAGGAAAGUUAUAGAGGCCAGUUUCAGUAACCUAGUCGUUCUGGAAGCGAUCGAUCUCUGAAGGAAGCCAAAGCCCUAAGAAAAUGGACCUGAGCGAAGAAGUUCGGGCAGCUCACAAGCGAGAUCUCGUAGCAUUCCUUGAAAGUGGCGUAUAUGGCUAUAUGGAUGAAAUCAAGUCCAUGAUCAACCAAAAGCGCCAACGCCUCAUCGUCAAGAUGUCCGAUCUCCACUCCUUUCAGGGCUUCGGCCCCAGGAUUCUAAGAAAUCCAGGUGAGUACAUGCAAGCAUUUUGUGAUGCAGCCACGGAAAUUACUAACUCCAUCAACCCUAAAUACUUGAAACAAGGAGAUCAAGUCCUCGUGGGCUUUAAAGAAAUUUUUGCUCCCCACCUUGUCACUCCUAGAGAUUUGCUUUCUCAGUUUAUAGGCUCCAUGGUCUGUGUGGAGGGCAUCGUCACAAAAUGUUCUCUUGUGAGGCCAAAAGUUGUUAAAAGUGUUCACUUCUGUCCCACAACUGAAAGCUUCACUAGUCGUGAAUACCGGGAUAUUGCAUCUAAUAUGGGUUUACCCACAGGAACAGUUUAUCCAACACGGGAUGAAAAUGGCAACUUAUUGGUUACCGAGUAUGGGUUGUGCAAGUAUAAAGAUCAUCAAACCUUAUCAAUACAAGAGGUACCGGAAAAUUCUGCUCCUGGUCAGCUUCCAAGAACCGUGGAUGUCAUAGUUGAAGAUGACCUGGUUGAUUCAUGCAAACCUGGAGAUCGUGUGGCCGUUGUGGGGAUUUACAAAGCUCUUCCAGGGAAAACCAAGGGCAGCCUCAAUGGAGUCUUUAGGACCGUUCUCAUAUCUAACAAUGUUUAUCAACUCAACAAAGAGGCAAAUUUUCCAAAUUACCAUGCUGCAGACAUAAAAAACAUUGUGGAAAUUUCCAAGAGAGAUGAUACAUUUGACCUGCUUGGUAAUUCACUUGCACCAUCCAUAUAUGGACAUUCAUGGAUAAAGAAAGCUGUGAUAUUGUUAAUGCUAAGUGGAGUGGAAAAGAACUUAAAGAAUGGCACCCAUUUAAGAGGUGACAUUAACAUGAUGAUGGUUGGUGAUCCUUCUGUUGCCAAGUCUCAGCUUUUAAGAGCAAUCAUGAAUAUUGCUCCCUUGGCAAUAUCUACUACUGGUCGGGGUUCUUCUGGUGUUGGUUUGACAGCUGCUGUUACUUCAGAUCAAGAAACAGGUGAGAGAAGGCUAGAAGCUGGUGCCAUGGUUCUUGCUGAUCGCGGUGUUGUAUGCAUUGAUGAAUUUGACAAGAUGAAUGAUCAAGAUCGUGUUGCUAUUCAUGAAGUCAUGGAGCAGCAGACUGUAACUAUAGCCAAAGCUGGUAUCCAUGCAUCACUUAAUGCUCGGUGCAGUGUGGUGGCUGCUGCAAAUCCUAUAUAUGGAACUUAUGAUCGUUCAUUGACUCCAACGAAGAAUAUUGGACUCCCAGACUCCUUACUUUCUCGUUUUGAUUUACUAUUUAUUGUUUUGGAUCAAAUGGAUCCUGAUAUUGAUCGCCACAUCUCGGAACAUGUCUUGCGGAUGCAUCGCUAUCGUUCUGAACUUGAUGGAGGUAAGACGACUCUCGAUGAUGGCUCAAGAUAUGGAACUGGAGAUGAAGCUGAUACUAUUACACCUGUGUUUGUCAAGUAUAACCGAACACUACAUGGCAAGAAAACAGAAAGGGGUCGGAAGCGUGAUACACUUACCAUUGAGUUUCUCAAAAAGUACAUUCAUUAUGCAAAGCAUAGGAUUCAGCCUGAUCUGACUGAUGAGGCAUCUGAACAGAUUGCAAUGGCAUAUGCGGAGCUCAGAAAUGCUGGUUCAAAUGCCAAGACUGGAGGAACACUUCCUAUAACUGCCAGAACCUUAGAAACCAUUAUACGCCUCUCAACUGCUCAUGCCAAAUUGAAGUUGAGCAGAAAGGUUUCAAAAUCUGAUGUUGAAGCUGCUUUGAAAGUACUAAACUUUGCUAUAUACCAUAAAGAACUGACUGAGAUGGAUGAGCGUGAGCAAGAAAGGGAAAGAGAAUUGGAGAAAAAGCGCAGAACAGAUAGUUAUGCAGGCGAAAAUGCUAGACCUGAUAGUGGUACUACUGGUAAAGAAGGUUCAAUAAAUGAUACCAUGGAAGUAGAUGAUCCUCCAGCCCAAUCUUCUUCUGAUCUCUCUCCGGAAAGAAUAGAAGCAUUUAAUUCAUUAUUUGGUCAGCAUAUGCGGGCCAAUCGCUUAGACUGCAUUUCCAUUGAGAAUUUGGAGGACGCUGUCAACUCUAGGGCAGAUGUCCCCUUCGCAAGGGCAGAGAUAAUGUUACUAUUAGAGAAACUGCAAGAUGCUAACCGAGUAAUGGUAGCUGAUAGAAUGGUGCAUAAUAUAUCUGUUUAAAAACAUAUCAAUCAACAGCCAAAUCUGGUAGGUGUUUUUUGUUGUUAUCCAAUCAUAGUAGGAUGGAUCUGUUGUUGUAUCAGAUCCAACUCAAUUGGUUUCAAUCAAGGUUAAUUUAAUUUUAGAGCAUUUCAUUUUGCUUCUGGUCAACCUAUUAUUUUGUUAUAUGGAGGUAAUAUUUUCGAGUGUUUGAUUGGGCAAGCAAUUGGCCAGGUGAACAUCUCAGGUGUUAGUUUGAAUGUAUAUCUACUAGUACAUUUUGAAAUAAUUAGGAUUUAGUUCUUUAACAAGUAGCAUUCUGUUUAUUAGUGAAGUAAUGGAUUUCAGCGAGUGCAAAAUUUGACAGCGGGCUGAGGCCUUCAGAUGUACAGCAUCUACAUAGCCGUGAAAUUCUUUUAUAACCUUCAUACACAUUUCAUGUUUGUUUUUCGUUUCUUUCAA